GAGGUAAGGAGAGGAAGGAGGGAGAUGCAGACGGAGAGAGAGAGAGAGGUGGGGGGUGAGCUGGAGGAGCAGGAGGGGGGAGGCUGCGCGAGGAGCAGAGCUGCGCAUCAGCGCACUGGCGCUCAAAUGGGUAAUUGCGCACACGGCGGACUGAACUGUAGCGGCGACUCCAACUGCGACCCAACUCUUUUGGUGCGCCGUCCCCGACAUGUCGAGCCAGUUUUGCAGAAAACUUGGGUUUUUAUAAGUGACGCUCCAGGAUGCGGACUGAAGCUGCGUGAACUGAGAGCAGUUUGACGCGCUCUUCAUCCAUUUCGGAUUGCUCCUUCUGCUCCACAUUGACGAUGGGUUCUGUGAUGUUGGACUGGAGGUUAUCCUGCCUUCUUCUGCAUGCAGCUGCUCUGCUGCUGCUCAGCAAGGGGGAGAAGAUGUGCCCUGCAAGCUGUCGCUGCGAAAGGAAGAUUGUUUACUGCGAGUCUAGAAACUUACAAGACAUUCCGGUAAACAUCUCCACGGGAUGCCAAGGACUUUCGCUUCGUAAUAACAACCUGAUGGUGCUCUUGCCGUACCAGUUUGCACAUCUCAAUCAGUUGGUUUGGCUUUACCUAGACCACAACUCCAUCAGUUCCAUCGAUGCUUUAGCCUUUCAUGGAGUGCGUCGACUCAAGGAGCUGAUUCUCAACUCGAAUGAAAUCAGCCAUCUGCACAAUAAAACAUUCAGCGCCAUUCCGAACUUGAGGAACCUGGAUUUAAACCACAACCAGCUGCAGUCUCUGCAGCCAGGCCAUUUCCACGGCCUACGAAAGCUUCAGAACCUCCACCUCCGCUCCAAUGGACUAAGACAGAUCCUGAUUCGAACGUUUCUGGAAUGCCGCAGCUUGGAGUUUCUCGACUUGGGUUACAAUCACCUGCGCAGCCUCACCCGCACAACCUUUCUAGGGCUGUUCAGGUUGAGGGAGCUUCACCUGGAGCACAAUCAGUUCUCCAAGAUUAAUUUUUAUGCCUUUCCUCGCCUCACCAACCUCCGGGCUCUUUAUUUGCAGUGGAACCGCAUCCGAUCUGUCAGUCAAGGUGAACCGUGGAUCUGGCAGAAGCUUCAGAAACUGGACCUGUCCGGCAAUGAGAUCCAGAUGUUAGACCCGGCCGUUUUCCAGUGCAUGCCAAACUUGCAAACGCUAAACCUUGAAACAAACAAGCUGAGCAGCGUGUCUGCUGAGGCUGUGGCGGCGUGGACUUCCUUGACCACCAUCAGCCUGGCGGGUAACGCCUGGGACUGCAGUCCCAGCAUCUGCCCCCUGAUGGGGUGGCUCAGAACUUUUAGGGACUCCAAAGACAUCAGCAUGAUCUGCAGCAGUCCCAAGUCUGUGCAGGGGGAGAAGGUGGUGGAUGUGGUGAGGAAUUACUCCGUGUGUGUGUUUGAGGAGCUCUCCACUGCAACCAUCAUCAUCCUGAGCUCAACACAAACUGAAAACAUCACAACUUUUACUGCUCAGUUUGGAGUUACAGACCUGACGGAUUCUGUGUCACCCUCAAAGAAAUCUACCCCUUCCCCCGUCCGUCCCACCGAGGCUGACAGAAAGACCCCAGAAUCCACGACUAUGAGCUUUUCAGCCCACAUCUCCCCAGAAACCCCCACAAUGUUCAUCCCAGAGCUGCAGUUUGAACAUAUGACUUUCCAUAAAAUCAUUGCAGGCAGUGUAGCCCUGUUCCUGUCAGUCUCAUUGAUUCUGCUGGUUAUUUAUGUGUCGUGGAGGCGCUACCCCAACACCAUGAGGCAGCUGCAGCAGCACUCAGUCAACCAUAAACGAAGAAAAAAGGCCCACAAGCAGGAGCAGGACCUUAACUCGCAGCUGCAGGAGUACUAUCUGAGCUACCACUCCAACUCAGAGGCAAUGGACUCGUUGGUGAAUGAAAACAGGCCUUGCACGUGCACUAUUUCGGGAUCCAUAGAAUGUGAGGUAUAAGCUCAGCUGUGAGAGUCAUAAAGGUUCACUUGCUAAGUGGACGCAAAUGUUUUUCUCUCUGAUGCUAGAUGACAGAUUGGGUUGCGUUUGUGGAAAUAAUAAGAGGGACACGAUGACGUGUGCGGAGUGAUAUAUUUGGAGAGAACUAAUUACGACUGACACGAAGGGCUGGGUCAGCAGAGUUCAGCCAGUGUUUCAUCCAAAAACUUCUCUGCGGAGAGAUGGAAACACAACCUUUGUCGUGAGACGAAAGAAAGGGGUCUUUUUUUUAUUCCUUGAGUGAAGCAUUUAAAAUGUGCAUCUUUUAAAUUAAUGUGUGUGUGUCAUAGGGAUGAGUUCAUAAUCCUGUGGUUAAACUGACGUCUGCUUGGAGGAGGGCUGCACCUCCUUCUUUGUCCAGUUGAGUCAUUUUGCAUUUGGCAGACAAGCGCAGCUGCAGCAGCGCCACAGAAACGUGGAGUCACAAAGAGAGCAUGGUUUGCAUGAAGCCAUCCUCCUUUUGUAUCAUCAAAUGCCGGAAAAUCUUGUAUAAAAAAACUUGUAUCCAACAAAAGAAAAAACAUGAAUAUAUAUAAAUGUGUAUUUAAUUUCACUGUAUCAACACACACGAGUAAAAAGAUGUUUAUAAUCUGAGGACUGAUCUUUUCUAAAACCUACGUCAGGUCCAGGUGUGUGAGUAUAAAAAAAUUAACAAAUUUCCUGUUUAUUUUCUAUUUUGACCUUUUUUUCGCCUCUAAAAUUAAAACAGUGUUGGUACAAGGCAUUCUGUGUGAUUAUGGCUAUUGUUGAAAAGGAACACUGCAAAGGGAGGGAAAGCGUGUGUGUUGAGACCAAUGGUAGCUGGAGCAGAGCGUGGAGAGAGAAGUAUUUCUUUAAAGCCACGCAGUGUGCCGUGGAUGUCACACACUUCAUUGGAUUUGCUGCUGCAUGCAGAGGGAGCUGACAUAUAUUCACAUGCCGCCUUUUCUGGUUCCCUUCCAUCCUCAUCUGGAAGUAUUGACAACAGCAGCUCCUGAUUGCAUCUGGACUGUGACUUGAAGUGGGAGGAGCUGGCUCGGCACUGGUGCAAGCAGGGUUAUAAAUGAGUAGUUUUUUUAUUUUCUAAUCGGGUUUGCGUUUUAUUACUCCACCUCAAGUAGGCAAUGCUAUUUUGAGUUUAUUAAGUAAAAAGUUAAUAAAUGUCGUUAUCUGGCACUGCAGUGAAAUUAAAGCUGGGAAAGUGCUUCACCGUCUAACCUAAGUGUGUACCUUUAUGGCCUGUAGGCUGUAAAGGCAUAAAAAAUUAACCUGCACCAGGUGAUAAUCAUAGGUCAGGCACGAAAAGCCAGCCCUGGCUGGGCAAAGUUUUUGAGAUUUAAAAAAAAAAAAAAAAAAAAAAAACAGCAUUUCAUGUCUUAUUUUUAUAUAUUCUGGGCAUUUGCUCUUUUUCCUCCCAAACACUUAUAUCUAAACAUCAAUACAUUUCCUCUGCAUAUUCUUCUUCCUCAGUGGUCAAAGGUAACAUUUAUGAUCUCCCACCGUCUACGUUUUAAGAUUCAGAUUGUUUUAUAUUUAUGUUCCUGUCAAGCAGAGAGCGGGCUGUUUAUAGAAUUUAUAUCCAUAUUUUAGCCCUCUGCUCUUGAAUGAGUGAUGAAUUUCCCGUAUGGAGCCGGUGAACCUGUAGGCCAAAGAAAAAGCGCACACAAAUGAUUUGUUGAUCCAAACCUGGCAGAUAUCGUAAUUAGCGUUUGAUUUGACGUAUCGCGGCUGAUUCUGAGUGAUUCGCUGGCUUUUGAAACCUUAUGGUGAAAGGGGGAAAACAGGUUGAUUAGGAGGAGGCGGCGGUCUGCAUCCUGCUGAUCGUUACUGGACACGUUUGUUCCAAUGAAAAAUUGUGGGACCAUCAAGUAUUGACCGAACACAGCCAUGCACAAAAAGAAGAAGAACUCUCGGUGAGGAGAAAAAGAAAGAAAAAAAUAUGCUCUGCAAGUUCCGAGAAAAGUCUUUUUAAUCAAGGUAUCUUGCAUAAAAUGAAGUAGGCCACGGAAUAGAUGAGAGGAGCAAGCAUGAAGCGCUCACAUUCACCGCCUGUGCUCACACUGAAGCUCUCACUGGGGAUCUUUUCUGAUGUUUUGUGUAUCUUCGCCAAAAGGUUAAAUGAGUUAUUUACAGGGGAGAGCAUGAUCAUCCUAAAGCAACAGUCCUGGUGUGUCAUUACCCCUAAAAACAUCCUGCCUGUCCGACUGCCUGCUUUUCAAAUCUAUUAUUUCUUACUUUCUUACUUACAAAAAAAUGACGUGUGGUGGCAAUGAUCUUUAAAUUGGUUUAACGUUGACCAAAAAUGGAAAAAGGACAUAAAUCUGUCCCUUUCUCAUGUGUGAGUGAGGCACAUUUCCAAAAAGCUUUUGCAGAGGCUACAAUUGUCUUCUGCCGCCAACACUUAAGCUCUGGUUUAUGAGAGGAUUAAACACAGAAGAUCGUUUUGAGUCACAGCUGGUAAGAUUUGGAUGAAGUUUCAAAGUGAGACAGAAAUUUAAUUUUCCAAACUGUUAAACACACAUUUGAACAAAACAGAUUCAAAUUAAUCAAUAAUGUUAAUGAUGGUUAAGCUGUAUCACAGCUCAUGUCUUUGAGCAUAUUCCAUCAUUCUGGCUCCUAUUUUUAGAACAAAAUCUGCCCUCUUAUAGAAGGACUUUUUGAAUAGCUUUUCCCCGUCCUCCUUGAUGAAUUUAGGGCUCCAGCAUGUGUAACCUUAAAGCUACCAAGUCAAAAUAAUGAGUUCCAGGCUGUUAAAUCCAAACGAUUAACGUGGGAUGAAAAUUGACUCAGUGAAGUAUGAAAGCAUUCAGAGGCGCUCGUCACAGUUUGGGUUAAGAAAACUUUAUCCUGUCUCUUUUGUGUGCCGUAUGUCACCUGUAAAAUUCAUUUGAAUAGAAACGCUUUGCAGCCUUUUGUCAUGUGUCCCAGUGGGCGCUCGGUGCAGGAAAAUGUACUUUUUGUUCACGGAAACAGACCCAGGCAGCAGUCUGCACAAGUUUUUUUUUUUUUUUUUUUAAAGCAAAAAAACGGUAACUUUUGAGCUUUACAUUCUGACUCAAACCUGUUUUAUAAAACCCAUGCUUUCAGCUUUCCUUUUUAACACUACAAUUUUCUGAAGCAGAAACUCUUCAAGCAAAAUGUCCUUUUUUGAUGUUGUUAAUAGAACCUUCCUUCAUUGAGCACAUAUAUUCAUUGCCAGAAAUUCUUGUCUGUUUGUGUCUCUCUCUGCAAAGUGGUUUGUGUAUUUCAUUUCUCUGGUUUUUCACAAUAAAAUUAUUUUUUUGGUUAUAGUC